AUGGUGCCCGCUCGUCCCAACGUGGCCGCUGGGAUUCCCAGUAGCUCAGUAAAACACUCGAAGCGCUCCGGCAAUGACGACAGACACAUUAACAUACAGUUUAAGAAGAGCCCUACCAAGAUUCCUUAUAAGGCCAUUGCCUGCGCCACGGUGCAGUGUUUGGUCGGCGCCGUCCUCGUUAUCACGGGCUGCCUUCUGCUGGCGGGCUACCUCAGCAAUGUGGGGACCAGCCGGGCCGUUCCCUUCUUGAUCGUUGGCGUCCUGGUGUUCCUGCCCGGGUUCUACCACCUGUUCGUCGCUUGCAGAGCACACAGAGGCUGCAGGGGCUACUCCUAUGACGACCUUCCGGACCUCGAUGACUAG